UUUGCCCUUCUCUAAUUGAUCAAAAAAAAAAGUCCCCAUAUUAUUUUGUUAGUAAUAAUCCUCUUAUGAUUCAAAUUGUUCCUAGCAAAUUAAUCCUAAAACUCACUCUUUAGGGGUUGUGUGCUAAAAAAAAUGCCCUCGUUUUUCUGUUAUAGUAAUUCGGCAUACCACAUGAGUAACACAUGCAAAUAAACUCUUGAAAAAAUGUCUAAUUCGAAAAAAAAAAAAAAAAAGGUUUUGUUAAAUAAAGCUAACAAUAGUAUAUAUCUAACAUACAUGAAAAAAAUUGAUUUAAUAUCUGAGGUCAGGGGAACAACAGCAGAGGGGGGCUGCAAUAAAUAAAAAAGAAUUAUACUUAUAAGUUCCAUUGAAUCAAUCAUUUAAUAUCCUAGUCCAAUUACACUGCACAUUAUUCAACCAUUUAUAGAUUAAAAUUAAAAUUUAUAGAGAGAGAGAGAGAGAAAAUAUGUGGUAAUUUAAUACUUUAAUAGCAGAAAAUCUAGUAUCUGCACAUCUAUAUAUCAGACUGAAUGGUGGCAGCAUUGAAUACACACACACAUAUAUAGCUACAAGUACUGUAUCAUAAUUUAUCUUUGAUCAAGAAUUUCAAGAUUUUGCAUUUAUCUUCUGCCCUUUUGGCCUUAUUUUGUUUUACUUCUUCUUCCUUUGCUGCUGUGUGAGAGUUUGUGUGUGUGUGUGUGUGUGUGUGUGUGUGUGUGUGUUUUCUUGAUGGGGAGAGCACCAUGCUGUGAUAAGAAGGGGUUGAAGAAGGGGCCUUGGACCCCGGAGGAAGACGACAAAUUGGUGGAGUACAUCAAGAACCAUGGUCAAGGAAACUGGCGUAAUCUACCCAAGCUUGCAGGUCUUCUUCGUUGCGGAAAGAGUUGCCGACUGAGGUGGACGAACUAUCUUCGGCCGGACAUCAAACGGGGCCCGUUCACCCCCGAAGAAGAGAAGCUCGUCGUACAAUUGCACGCCAUUCUUGGAAACAGGUGGGCUGCAAUAUCAUCGCAGCUACCGGGCAGAACCGACAACGAAAUCAAGAACCUAUGGAACACACAUCUGAAGAAGCGUCUACUCCAAAUGGGGUUCAACCCGCUAACCCACGAACCCGUUACUCUACAAAACGGGUCGCUGACUAGACCGCCCUCUUCCCCAUCGACCCGCCACAUGACCCAAUGGGAGAGCGCCAGGCUGGAAGCCGAAGCCCGCCUCUCCAAAGAGUCUCUUCUCACUCUCCCACCAUCAAUUGCUAAAUACUCAUCAGAAAACGAUUUCUUCCUGCGUUUGUGGAAUUCCGAAGUCGGAGAAACCUUCCGGAACCUUCACAAAGAAAAAAACCCCGCUCCAUUCUCGUCGUCUUCAUCAGAAGCAACUAUCGAAACGGGGUCCGCAUCGGUUGCAGUAAAAGACGAGAAAGAGUGCAAGAGCAGCAAAUCUUGCAUGGAUUAUUACAUUUGCUGUAAUAGCUCAAAUGAAGUUGAAGACGAAUCCGAGUCAACUUUGGAGAUGCUUUUCGAUUUCCCGAGUAACGACAACGAUAUGAGCUUCUUAGAACAUAGUACCGAUUUCUUUACCUUGUACCCUUAACUAGGUAGUUAAAUUAUAAAAAAAAAAAUCACUUGUUCUGAUGUGGCAUUAACAUCUAAUCUACUUCACAUUUGUUAAUGGAACAUGUUUUUGAGUGAUGUAAUUUCUUCGAAACCGACGAAUGGAGAU